AUGCCGAAUGUUGUUGCAAAUCAAAUGAAUAUCAAUGAAGGAACUACUAAUGAUGUUGUAAGAAUUGAACAGAUGAGGAAAAUUCAUAAUAAAAAAUAUUAUGAACGACGGAAGGAACUAAGCAGAAGACAAAUUAUGCGAGACCACAUGCUCCAACAAGAUCCAUAUACUUUUGUUUAUGAUGGUAUGCAUAUGGAGCAUAAUGUAUUAAAAGUCCAAAAUGCAUGUGUUCAUUGCAGAGCAAAACGAUUUCAAUUUGAAUUCCCCAGCUUUUGUUGCAUGUCGGGAAAUACAAAGUUGGCAUUCUCUGAUAUUCACGAAGAAUUACGAAAUCUUUACACAUCCAAUUCUGAAUUAAGCAAAAUGUUCAGACACAACAUACGUGCAUACAACACCGAUUUCUCAUUCGCAUCAAUGGGUGUAGAUAUGGAUAAAACAAUGACCAAUAUGAUAUCUAGAAACUUGACCAAAAGGUCUACAACUGACCGACCACAUCUGAGGUCGCAGGUAUUUGGGUUGAAGACGGCUCAAGAUCGUCCGGACCUUGUGUCUAGAGUUUUUCAUGCUGAGUUAGAGUAUCUUAAGAAACAACUCUUCACAAAGCACAUACUUGGCACGGUGGGUGCAUACAUUUAUGUCAUUGAGUUUCAAAAACGUGGUUUGCCACAUGCACAUUUCCUCAUGAUAAUGAGACCUCCACACAAGCUUACUAAUACAGACCAUUACGACAAAAUAGUUUGUGCUGAAAUUCCAGACCCAAAAAAGUAUCCUAAAAUGCACGAAUUAGUCAUCUCACACAUGAUUCACAGUCCUUGCAGUACCUUAAACUCUGACUGUCCUUGUAUGAAGAAUGAGCAAAAAAAAUGUUGUUUUAGAUACCCUCGACAAUUCAAUGAAACAACAUUACAAGGAAAGGACUCAUAUCUUGUGUACCAAAGGAGAGAUAAUGGUAUAGAGGUGGACAUACGAGGCAAUAAGAUGGAUAACAGAUGGGUGGUCACGUAUAACCCAAAGUUGUUAAUGAUGUUUAACUGUCAUAUGAAUGUUGAGUUCUGCUCGAGUAUAACCUUUGUGAAAUAUGUGUUUAAGUAUAUUUACAAGGGUCAUGACAAACAAGUUAUCAAUAUUGAUCUGGAUGGACAACCUGUUGUAGUUAAUGAGAUAAAACGGUUUCAAGAUGCAUGA